UGGGCUGUUUGCCCUGAUGGCGACUGUAGCGAUCGCGCGGGGAUGGCUGCGUGCGGAGGAGGAGAAGAGGAAGGCCAUCCAGCUUGUCGCCCAAAAAGCAAAUGGACCUAAGAAGCCAGGAUCUAAAAAGCAGAAACUGCAACAGCGGAUUCGCAAGGAGAAGCCUCAGCAGCACAACUUCACCCACCGUCUUCUGGCUGCAGCACUGAAGAGCCAUAGUGGGAACAUACUGUGUAUGGACUUCAGCAGCAAUGGCAAGUAUCUGGCCACCUGUGCAGACGAUCGCACCGUCCGCAUCUGGAGCACCAAGGACUUCCUGCAGCGGGAGCACCGCAGCAUGCGAGCCAAUGUGGAGCUGGACCAUGCCACCUUGGUGCGCUUCAGCCCUGACUGCAGAGCUUUCAUUGUCUGGCUGGCCAAUGGGGACACCCUCCGGGUCUUCAAGAUGACCAAGCGAGAAGAUGGAGGCUUUACCUUUACAGCCACCCCAGAGGACUUCCCUAAAAAGCACAAGGCACCUGUCAUCAACAUUGGCAUUGCUGACACAGGAAAGUUCAUCAUGACAGUCUCCAGUGACACAACUGUCCUCAUCUGGAAUCUGAAAGGCCAGGUGUUGUCUACCAUCAACACCAACCAGAUGAACAACACCUAUGCUGCCAUAUCCCCUUGCAGCAGGUUUGUGGCCUCGUGUGGCUUCACUCCGGAUGUGAAGGUCUGGGAAGUCUGCUUUGGGAAGAAGGGGGAGUUCCAGGAGGUCCUGCGAGCCUUUGAACUGAAGGGCCACUCGGCAGCUGUCCACUGCUUUGCCUUCUCCAACGACUCCCGGCGGAUGGCCUCUGUGUCCAAGGAUGGCACAUGGAAACUGUGGGACACCGACGUGGAAUACAAGAAGCAGCAGGACCCCUAUUUGCUGAGGACAGGCCGCUUUGAAGAGGCCAGCACCAUGCCAUGCCACCUGGCGCUCUCCCCUGACACCCACGUCUUGGCCUUGGCCUGUGGCACCAGCAUUCAUCUGUACAACACACGACGCGGCGAGAAGGAGGAGAACUUUGAGCAGGUCCAUGGGGAGUGUAUCACUGACUUGGCCUUCGAUGUCACCGGCCGCUUGCUGGCCUCCUGUGGGGACCGGGCCGUACGGCUCUUCCACAACACUCCAGGCCACCGGGCAGUGGUGGAGGAGAUGCAGACCCUGCUGAAGCGCGCCUCCAGUGACAGCACCCGCCAGAGGCUGCAGCAGCAGCUGGCCCAGGCCCAGGAGGCCCUCAAGAGCCUGGGUGCCCUGAAGAAGUGACUGGCUCAGGCAGGGUCCUGCUGCCUGUGCCCACUGCUACCACUUUCUUCCCAGGUUGCUCCGGGGUGGAAACCUUCCAGAAGGAGUUCCCUGAUUUUCUUACUGGUCUCUGUCCCAUUGAACAUAUUCUUGGCUACUUAGAGCUCACUCUCCCCUUACUGGUUCUGACUCCUCCUGGACCAAGGAGCACGGUGCUUCUCUCCUGGGUGCCAGAGGUGGUGUCUGUCCUCAUCCAGCACCGAGGAGAGUGGUAGGGGAGCGAGAGAACUUGGCCUUUUGACAACGCACCCGACACCCAAAGAAGUUCGUAAAUACAGAGGUGAGGCCUAGGAACACCCUCAAGCAAGGCGGCAGCUUUGCAGGGUGAGACGUUGGGAACCUUCUGGUCACGGAGCGGGACAGUGAGGUCAGGGGAAGCUGAGUCUUCACUGGGACCAGGCUCCUAACUCCGGCAAAAAGGAAAUGGAACAGAUUUCAUUCUGGGCUUUCAUUUUCUUCUUUGCAAAAUGGAGAACAAUGCCGUGGCACCUUCCACAGAGGCUCCAAUGCAAAGUGAGUAGAAAGUCCCCUCACCUCAGAGAGCAAGGAGGAGAUGGUGAGUGUCAUUAAUGAGCAGCUAGAAGUGAGGAUCAAACAGUGUGGGUGAAACCAAACUUGAAACACAGAAACACGUUCCUUAGGGCGCCACUGGCUAGGACUUGACACAUUUUGUACGUGGGUCAGCUUCACAUUUUGGGAAGGAAUAGUGGGGCUAUAUAAUAGAGGUGGGGCUCCUACCUUUCCGAAGGUUACAUCCUGCUUGAGGUGCCUUCUUCAGCUCAUCACUUAGGUGAAUACCCAUGCUGACUGGCACAACACCAGACAGGGAUGAUAAAUGUGAAGUGGUUUCUGCCAUCAAAGAUGGCUGGAGGGAGAAAAUAAAGACAUUUUUCAUUUAUUCGUAGCUGUAGUGAACUGUGUUAAAAGUCAAGAGAGGAUUGCAAUCAGGAUGGAGGCACUGGGUAGGAAGUGGAAGGGAUACUUUUUGCUAAGGUGUUAGGUCUUCAGAAGUUUGAAUUUUGGGCUAGGCAUGGUGGCACACACCUGUAAUCCCAGCAUUCAGGAGGCUGAGGCAGGAAGAUUGCCCCAAGUUCAAGGCCAGCCUGGGCUACAUAGCAAGACUCUGUCUCAGAACAGAAAGUUUGAGUUUUGGGAUUUGGGGACUCUGUAGGAAGAGGCCAGUAGGAUUUGGGAUAAGGCAAAAUAUAUUCAUCAAAAAUCCAAGUCUUGAUCUCUUGACCAAAACCAGGGCCUGCUGUAGUUGUCCCCAGUGUUGUUGAAUGUCAGAGCAAGCCACAAAUUUGCUGUGGUCCUUGAUUGUUUCCUUUUUUUUCUUUUCUUUUUCUUUUUGACACCAGGGAUCAAACUCAGGACCUUCCUC